AUGCCACCUGAGACCGUAGCAUCAGGCCUGACAACUGCCAAUCCCAUGACAAGCUUUGCGGGCCACAACAAUCAAGGCUUUCAGUUAGGGUCGAACCUGGGACACGUUCACACUGGAAAUACCCAUGCUUCCAACAGCCAGAUCUUCCAGGGUAGUUUCCAGGGACUCACCAUCAAUCCGACGGCGGCUGCUCAGAUCCCUCCGAGCACCUAUGAGGGCCACUAUGCCCGCUCGUCCCUCCAACCAGUCCCCAAAUUCGUCUCGCGACCGCGAUUGCACCAAAAGAUCAAAGAACAGUUACACGACCUCAAGGAUGACAGGAGGGAAGACGUGCGGAUCCUGGUGUUGUGGGGGCUCGGUGGAGCGGGUAAGUCGCAGCUGAUGCUGAACUACAUCCGCGAAUAUCGACGGGACUACGCUGCCGUGUUCUGGAUCGAAGCUGGAUCGAAGGAGUCGAUCGAGCGCGACUAUGUCCAAAUCUACCAACUCCUCUAUGGUCGGCAGACAUAUAUGGGUCAAGAGGUAGUGAAGGUGGAGGACGCGGUGCCUGCGGUUAAGCGCUGGUUCCACGGUCGUGAGGGGCGAUGGCUGGUGGUUCUGGACAGUGCGGACACCAUCGACAACGAUCGAGACAAAUCCUAUAUCGACCUGGGAUAUUUCAUGCCUGAUACGCCCGGAGUGCAUGUUGUUAUCACCUCGCGGAGCUCGACAGCUAAGGAGAUAACAACGCUGGACGCGGUAGAAGUGGCGGAUAUGGAGCCGUCGGAGGCGGUAGAGCUGUUCCAAAGGUACGCGAAGCUGACGGAGGAAGGGCCGGAUGUGAUAAAAGAAGUCGAUGGAAUCGUGAGAGAGCUCGGGUAUUUGGCCUUGGCGAUCACCCUGGCUGGCUCGUAUGUGUCGGUGACGGCUCGCUUGUCGUCUGAUAUCAGGAGGUAUCUCCCCGAGUACCAGCAGCGGCGAAAAGAACUGCUUCGACGGCCGGCCAAGCGGCAUAUACAUCAAUACGGAGAAAGCGUUUUGAGCACAUGGGAAGCAUCGUUCGAGGCGAUUGAGAAUCACAAUCCAGCCGCGGCCCGCUUGCUGAGUCUGUUGGCGUUUGUGAACUUUGAGGAUAUCUUUCUGGGUCUUUUCGAUCGGGACCGCGCCGGUGUCCUCGCGAGCGCUCCCACUCGUGUUGCGGAACCAUCAGAGGCCAUGACAUCGUCUAAUGAGACGUGGCAGUUAUUCCUCUUCUCUGGGCAGCAAAGGACAGUAUAUGAGCUUGAAUCGGCGUUCGAGACGCUUCAAAGCUAUUCUCUGAUUCAGUGGAAACCGGAUCAAAAGAGCUAUGCGAUACAUAAGCUCGUACAUGCAUGGGGACAAGAUCGGUUGGAGGCGGACGGGCAACGGCAGCUGAGCAGUCUGGCCCUAGAGCUUAUGACGGAUGCCAUCGCUAAGGAUCAGAUGGACCCUAGCCAUCAACUCCGGUUGGUGCCACACGUGAUGGCUAGCUUUGAUAUGUUUUCUCCCCUGCAUGAAUCACUGGACGAGCUUGCGACGGGUCGACUCGGUAUGAUCGAUGAGAUGGAAGGCUUCCUGGCCAGGAUAGGACGAUGGUCCGAGGCGUACAAGAUGCAAGUGUUUCAUUUUAGAAAAACAGAGAAGAUGCUAGGCAAGGAGCAUCCAUCUACGCUGACGAGUAUGAACAGUCUGGCCUUGAUGUUGAGCAGGCAAAGCAGAUACGAAGAGGCCGAAGAGAUGCUUCGACAAGCACUGGCGUUGAGGGAAACGGUGCUGGGGAAGGAGCAUCCUGAUACGCUGACGAGCAUGAACAAUCUGGCCUCGGUAUUGAGCAGCCAACGCAAAUACCAUGAGGCCGAGGAGAUGCAUCGACAAGCACUGGCGUUGAGGGAAACGGUGCUGGGCAAGGAGCAUCCAUCUACGCUGACGAGCAUGAACAAUCUGGCCUCGGUGUUUAGCAGGCAAGGCAAAUACGAUGAGACCGAGGAGAUGCAUGGACAAGCACUGGCGUUGAAGGAAAGGGUGCUGGGCAAGGAGCAUCCAUCUACGCUGACGAGCAUGAGCAAUCUGGCCUCGGUGUUGAGCAGCCAAGGCAAAUACGAUGAGGCCGAGGAGAUGCAUCGACAAGCACUAGCGUUGACGGAAACGGUGCUGGGGAAGAAGCAUCCAUCUACGCUUAGGAGCAUGAACAAUCUGGCCUCGGUAUUGAGCAGCCAACGCAAAUACCAUGAGGCCGAGGAGAUGCAUCGACAAGCACUGGCGUUAACGGAAAGGGUGCUGGGCAAGGAGCAUCCUGAUACGCUGACGAGCAUGAACAAUCUGGCAGAGGUGUUGAGCAGGCAAGGCAAAUACGAAAAGGCCGAGGAGAUGCAUCGACAAGCACUGGCGUUGAAGGAAAGGGUGCUGGGGAAGAAGCAUCCUGAUACGCUGACGAGUAUGAAUAAUCUGGCCUCGGUGUUGAGCAGCCAAGGCAAAUACGAUGAGGCCGAAGAGAUGCAUCGACAAGCACUGGCGUUGAAGGAAAGGCUGUUCGGGACUGACGAGUGGCAGUAG